AUGCAAAAGGGGACACCUUGAAGCAGUCGAAAAAGCCACCAAGUGUGACCAAACCAAAUUCUUGAAAUCAAGACGCCGGCUAGCAGUCAAAUUGCAUAGAUAACCUUGUGUUAGAUCAUACAUGAGGAAAUUUUUGGUAUAGUUAGAAAAGAGCAAUUUGAGUAUUCUAGUAACUGAAAAUGGGUAGAAAAGGAGGGCUCUUCAGGUACGCCGAUGGCGUUGACAAGCUGCUCAUGCUGAUCGGAACCUUGGGAAGCAUCGGAGACGGUCUAAUGUCUCCACUCAACAUGUUCAUUCUGAGCGGCGUCAUAGACGAGUACGCCAUUGCUAACCACUCCAUCACAAACGAGGUGGUCGAUAAGUAUUCCCUGAGGCUGCUCUACGUUGCUCUUGGAGUUGGAAUCUCUGCGUUUCUCGAAGGAUUGUGUUGGACGAGAACUGCAGAGAGGCAAACGUCGCGCAUACGGAUGGAGUACCUGAGAUCAGUGCUAAGGCAGGAAGUCGGUUUCUUUGACAACCAAGGCGCUUCGUCCACCACCUUCAAAGUGGUUUCAAGCAUCUCUGCAGAUGCACAUUUGAUCCAAGAUGUCAUAGCUGAGAAGAUACCAAACUGUCUGGUUGAUCUGUCUGCAUUCACAUUCGGCCUGCUCGUCGCCUUCCUUCUCUCGUGGCGCCUAGCAUUGGCUUCUCUCCCGUGCGCAAUAUGUUUUAUUGCCCCCGGAGUGGGAUUCGGGAAGCUGAUGAUGGACCUGGGAGCCAAGAGUAAAGAUGCAUACAACGUUGCAGGUGGAAUAAUCGAACAAUGUGUAUCAUCAAUCCGAACUGUUUACUCCUACGUAGGCGAAUCCCAGACACUCGAAAGAUUCAGCAGUGCUCUUGAAGAAAGCACGAAGCUUGGUAUAAAGCAAGGCUUCGCCAAGGGGCUUAUGAUAGGAAGCAUGGGGACAGUCUUUGCAACUUGGGCAUUUGAAUCUUGGGCUGGGAGCGUUCUUGUAGUCGAAAGAGGCGAAAGUGGCGGCCGCGUUUUCAUAGCAGCUGUCUGUGUCGUCCUUGGAGGAUUGUCAUGUAUGAGUGUGCUUCCUAAUCUCUCAUUCAUUGUGGAGGCUUCAGCAGCUGCUACGCGAAUCUUUGAGAUGAUCGACCUUGUUCCUGCAAUAGACUCUCAAGAUGAUAGAGGGAAAGUUUUAGCCUAUGUACAUGGAGAAAUCGAGUUCAAGGAGGUAUAUUUUAGCUAUCCAUCAAGGAUGGACACACCAAUUCUUCAAGGAUUCAAUCUGAAAGUGAAACCCGGGAACACCGUUGGCCUCGUGGGAGGAAGCGGUUCUGGAAAAUCCACUGUCAUCUCUUUGCUCGAAAGGUUUUAUGAUCCCGUCAAAGGAGACAUACUACUCGACGGAUACAGAAUCAAGAAACUGAAGCUCAAAUGGCUAAGAUCACAAAUGGGGCUUGUCAAUCAAGAGCCGAUUCUCUUCGCCACAUCCAUCAAGGAGAACAUCUUGUUUGGAAAGGAGGAUGCUUCGAUGGAACAGAUUCUAGAAGCUGCCAAGGCCGCCAACGCGCACGACUUCAUCAUCAAGCUACCAGGAGGAUAUGAAGCUCAGGUGGGGCAGUUUGGAUUCCAACUAUCAGGUGGUCAGAAGCAGAGAAUUGCGAUAGCAAGGGCGUUGCUCAAGGAGCCAAGGAUUCUGUUGCUCGAUGAAGCUACGAGCGCUCUCGAUACGCAGUCAGAGAGAGUUGUGCAGGAUGCAAUCGACCAGGCUUCGCGAGGAAGAACCACCAUUGUCAUAGCUCAUCGCCUCAGCACGGUGCGUGCUUCUAAUUCGAUCAUGGUGAUGGAGUCGGGGAGGGUCGUGGAAUCCGGUUCACACGACAGACUGAUGCAGAAAACUAACGGAGCAUACUCUAAGAUGGUAAGAAUGCAGCAAUCAGCACCACAACAUGAGGCUCCAUCUCGUCCCGAGGGAAGAAACUACAAGAAUCCAACAUAUACGAGCAAUCCGAGGUCGCCUUACAGUGUCGUCUCAAGCCACGGGUCGCCCUUCAGCCCAGCUUUAUCCAUGAGCUUGGUGCCGUCGAUCAACAUGAUCUCAUACAACGGCAGUGAUGAUGAGACGGUAGAUGUUGCUGCUACCUCCACUCCGAGGCUGUCACAAUGGCGGCUGAUCCGGAUGAACGCGCCGGAGUGGAAGAGAGCCUUGCUAGGGUGUGUCGGAGCUUGCACCUUCGGAGCAGUGCAGCCGCUAAACGCCUACUGCUUGGGGUCAGUUGUCUCCGUAUUCUUCAACAACGACAGAUCAAAGAUAAAAUCAGAAGCCUCAUUUUACUGCAUCAUCUUCAUGAGCAUAGCUGUGGUGAGCUUCUUCGCCAAUCUGCUGCAACACUACAAUUUUGCGGUUAUGGGAGAGAGGCUAACCAAGAGGAUUAGAGAAAAGGUUCUCGAAAGUAUACUGACCUUGGAGAUAGGGUGGUUUGAUCUGGACGAGAACACGAGCGCUGCAAUCUGUGCCAGGCUGGCGACAGAGGCCAAUGUGGUGCGAUGCCUAGUAGGAGACCGGGCGUCGUUGCUGGUUCAGGUCUUCACAAGUGCCUCCGUCGCUUUCAUUCUGGCACUGGUUUUGACAUGGAGGGUCUCCAUCGUGGUGAUAUCCAUACAACCUUUGAUCAUUGCCAGCUUCUACUCCAAAAGCAUUAUGAUGAAACGGAUGUCCGUGAUGGCCCAAAAGGCACAGAACGAAGGAAGCCAACUAGCAAGUGAAGCAGUGGUGAACCACAGGACUGUCACCGCGUUCUCUUCUCAGACGAAGAUCCUCAGCCUCUUUGCAGCGACGUUGAAAAGGCCACACAAAGAGAGCAUAAAGCAGUCGUGGCUUUCGGGAAUAGGCUUGUUCAUUUCUCAGUUUCUAACCACAGCUGCUAUAGCUUUGACGUUUUGGUACGGAGGGCGGCUCAUGAACAAGGGACAGGUGAGCUCGAAGCAUCUGUUUCAAGUUUUCUUCAUCUUGAUGAGCACCGGCAAGAGCAUUGCAGACGCUGGAAGCAUGUCAUCUGAUUUGGCUAGAGGCAGCAACGCUGUCAAAUCUGUUUUCUCGAUUUUGGAUAGGAAAAGUGAGAUAAAGCCAGACGACCCUGAUGGUUUCAAGGCGAAGAAAGGCUUAAAAGGGCAUAUUGAACUAAAUCGUGUCUACUUUUCCUAUCCGUCUAGACCGGAGCAGAUGAUAUUCCAGGGCCUAACUCUCAAGAUUGAUGCUGGAAAAACAAUGGCUAUAGUCGGACAAAGUGGUUCAGGCAAAUCAACCAUCAUCGGGUUGAUAGAAAGGUUCUACGAUCCAAUAAAAGGAACACUUCUUAUAGACGACAAAGAUGUCAAGAGCUACAACUUGAGAAACCUAAGAUCUCACAUUGCACUAGUGAGUCAGGAGCCAACACUCUUUGCAGGAACGAUACAUGAAAACAUAGUAUAUGGAAACAAUGAUGCAACAGAAUCUGAAAUCAGGAAAGCUGCAAUGACUGCUAAUGCUCAUGAAUUCAUAAGUUCACUGAAAAAUGGAUACCAAACUUACUGUGGAGAAAGAGGAGCUCAGCUCUCAGGAGGACAGAAGCAGCGGAUUGCCCUUGCUCGUGCAAUUCUCAAGAAUCCAUCAAUACUUCUCCUGGACGAGGCAACAAGCGCCCUGGACAGCGUGUCGGAGAACCUAGUCCAAGAAGCGCUGGAGAGAAUGAUGGUUGGCAGGACCUGCGUGGUUGUGGCUCACCGCCUAUCAACUAUACAGAAGGCGGAUUGCAUCGCGGUGAUCAUGAAUGGCAAGGUUGUGGAGAAAGGAUCGCAUACUCAACUUCUAGAAUACGGGCCACAGGGUUCCUAUUAUUCACUCAUCAAGUUACAACAUGGACAUUAUACAUAGGAACAUAACUCAUGUAAUAUUACAGCACAAAUACAAUA